UGGGGCCCAAAUAGAAUGCUCAAGCAUUGUUUUUGUUUACCUUGUUGAAAGGGUCUAUAGUAAAGCAGAAUAAGCCCAAUCAACUAUGCUUAGUGUACCAGUUUGUAGGCGACUACUGCAACAGAAUUUCAUUGGCAGUUACUGAAUAAUCCCAGUGUUUCAUUUGUUAUGAAAGAUGAUGUGAUGCAACAUGCAAAUUGUUGCAAUCAACUUCAUAAGUGAUGUCAUCUAGAAUUGAAUAUGGCUAAUUGAUUCAUUGGCCUACGUAACUGGAGCCUUGAGCUCCUGGUCAUUAAUAGGGUCCAAGUUUUCAUCGCCGGGCAGACAGACCUGCCCACCAGCAGACAGACACACACUGCACCAGUGGAACAGAGAGGGCAGAGGGAUGAGCGCACAGAACCUGCUGCAGAUGUUAUAACAGUAUCUAUGCAGAGCCAGGCUCCCGCACUCUCUAGCAGUGGGCUUAACACCCUGUUAUGUGAUGGGCUGCAGAUGCAAGAGGAGGACUCAUUGGGAAAGGUGGGAGAUGCCAUGGAGGAGAUGUUCAGCAUUAGCUCCGUCAGUCCUUGUCCUGAAGAGGAUCCUCCACUUGAUCCAGCCACCAGAGCUGGAGAGACAACCAAGCUGCCAGCAUGCCUCUCUCAGGAAAACAUCUUACCUCUUCACGUCUCGCCUUUAGAGGCCAUUCGAGAGCUGGACGAGGCCGAGGAGGCGUUGUCCGGUCUGCGCAGUCCUGGAGAUGGCGCGGUGAGGGCGAGAGAUCAGCUUGUGACCAAGGAGUCGCCUCUACACUCCACAGAGAGGGAAACCGAUGACCUGGCGUGCGAGGAUUGUGAAGAGGAUGACACUCUUCACGUUACAGUGAAGACCUUAAGAUCCAUAAUCAUAAGUGAGGACAGAAUAAACCUGGAAACACCACUAACAGAAACGUGCGCUUCCCCUCAUGACAUCUCUGAUCUAGGUUGUCUGCGAGAAGACUCACGAAAGCACACAUCUCAGAAAUUGCUUGGAUCAGGAGGGGCGCACCAAGGAAUGCUGGGAACCAACUCCUCAUUAGAGCGGACAAUUGUUAUCAUUGGAUCCGAACUGAAUGACACUGGAUCAUCUGUUACCUCUCUACAGGACCUUAAGGAGAAACACAGGCACGCCAACAUGGGCGUUACUAUAGGGAGCGGUGUUCUGAGGAACUCUACAGGUACCAUAGCUAACUUAGAAGAGAAUAUAUGUGAGGACCAAAUGCAGGAAGAUGUGAGCAUCAGGAAAAGGGAUAGCACAGCAUGCAACAGCACUCUCAUUGACAUACUCACUGCCUGCAAAACCAAAGUAGAACAACUGGAACAGCUCAAAUGCUCCUCUUUUGAGCUGACAGUCCAGCUCCAGUCUGCACAGGCGAUGGCGGCUCACCUCCUGCAGCAGGUGGAGGUGCUGGAGCGGGAGCGCGGCAGCCGGCAGAGGGAGAUGCUUGGGCUGCAGGAGCAGCUGCAGGAGGCGCGGCGGGCCCUGCAGGAGACGCGCGCCCAGACGGCCCUCCUCCACCUGCAGCUGGGCUCCUCUGAGGUCCAGCAGCAGCAGCGGCAGCGGCAGUCCCCGAACGGCCACGCGCACGUGCCGACUGCUGGGCCUGACCACGGCCCAUCACGGGUGUGCACACUAUUGUGACUGCUGGUGCGAGCAGACAGCAACAUCUUGGAUUAAGAGUCAUUUGUCUAAAAUGAUUUAGUUACGUUAGUCUCCUACGUGAGAAUUAGAUCACAAUGGCUCAUUGACCUAUGUUCAGUUUAGCUUAGUGUUAUGAUCAGGAUCAAUUUAGAGAAGCAAACAGGAUUGUGCAUGAAGUGCUUAAGCAAGUCAGUGGAGUCUUUCAUGGAUAUCAUAGAGAUCUAUAGCUUUAUGUGUGAUUUCUUGUA